AUGCUGGUGUUGCUGUGCAUUCUGGACGCCAGAACCCAACACCAGACUUCGGCUUCACCUGCGCACCUCGAUAUCCUCUAUAAUAUCAGCGUCCAGGUUGGUGAGAGAAUCAAGAUGUUUGGGCGCGCGCUCGUCCUCGCUGCAGUCAUCGCUGCAACGGCACUGUCGGCCUCCCCUCCGCCGUCCUUGGAAAAGUGCCCGGGAUACAAGGCGUUUAACAUACGUGAUGAUGGACACACUUUGAGGGCUGACCUGCGGCUUGCUGGUGAAGCAUGCAAUGUCUACGGCAAAGAUAUCGGACGGCUGAAACUUCGCGUGGAAUACCAGACCCUUUCACGGUUGCAUGUUAGCAUUGAGGACUCAAAGGAAGAUGUAUACCAGGUCCCGGAAUCCGUCUUCCCACGCCCUGAAUCCAAGGCGGAUAUCAAUGCUCAAUGGAAAUCGGCCCUCAGGUUCUCCUUCACCGAAGAACCAUUCUCAUUUAAGAUAACCAGACGUGCGACAGGUGAAGUGCUAUUUGAUACCUCUGGCUCGACUUUGAUCUUCGAGUCUCAGUAUUUACGAUUACGCACUUCUCUCCCGGACGAACCCAACCUCUACGGCCUAGGAGAACACAGUGACCCCUUGCGCCUGAAAACUGACGACCUUGUCACGACCUUGUGGAAUCGUGAUGCUUAUGGUAUCCCGCCUGGAACAAACUUGUACGGCUCACACCCAGUUUAUUUCGACCAUAGGGAGAAGUCAGGCACGCAUGGUGUGUUUCUUCUCAACUCCAAUGGCAUGGAUGUCAAGGUAGGGAGUGACGAAGGCAAUGGUGGAAAGAAGUAUCUCGAAUAUAACACAAUCGGUGGCGUCUUUGAUUUUUACUUCAUGGCUGGCCCAACACCGAAAGAGGUUGCAUCUCAAUAUGCUAAAGUGGUUGGUUUGCCGGCUAUGAUGCCCUACUGGGGAUUCGGGUUCCACCAAUGUCGAUAUGGCUACCGGGAUGCAUUCAAUGUUGCCGAAGUCGUCUAUAACUAUAGCCAGGCAGGUAUCCCGUUGGAAACUAUGUGGACAGAUAUCGACUAUAUGGACGGACGCAAGGUAUUCACUCUCGACUCAAAGAGAUUCCCAAUCGAUGAAAUGAGGGCACUGGUCGAUUACCUUCACGAAAAUGACCAGCACUACAUUGUCAUGGUGGAUCCGGCUGUGAGCUACGGCGAUAACGAUGCUUUCGACCGAGGCAAAGAGCAGGAUAUAUUUAUGAAAGCCCUUAACGGGUCGAUUUAUAAAGGUGCCGUGUGGCCGGGCGUCACUGCGUUUCCUGACUGGUUUCACCCUGGAGUCCAAGAUUACUGGAAUAACGAGUUCAAGCUAUUCUUCGAUCCCGAGAAGGGGAUAGAUAUCGAUGCACUCUGGAUCGACAUGAACGAAGCCGCUAACUUUUGUGAAUGGCCUUGCUCUGACCCAGAGGCAUGGGAAAGAGAUCAUGACUUACCACCUGCUCCGCCACCAGUCAGAUCUAUCCCGCGGCCUUUGCCUGGAUUCCCAGAAGAACUCCAACCAGAGGGUUCUAAAAUUGUUAAACGGGAUGAGGAGAAGGUUUCAAGCAAAGGGGGCUUACCGGGUCGUGACCUGAUUGACCCGCCCUAUCAAAUUCAUAACGAGGCUGGGUCUAUCAGCAACAGGACCAUGGACACCAACUUAAUUCAUGCCAACGGUUUGGCUGAGUAUGACACUCACAAUCUUUACGGCACUAUGAUGAGCAGUGUUAGCCGAAAAUCGCUAUUGACUCGACGCCCAACCAAGAGGCCGAUGGUAAUUACUCGAAGUACCUUUGCUGGAGCUGGAGCUCAUGUUGGUCACUGGCUAGGCGAUAAUCUCAGCGAGUGGAGCCAAUAUAGGUUUUCUAUUUCGCAGAUGCUCCAAUUUGCUGCCAUAUUCCAGGUCCCCAUGGUAGGAUCUGACGUCUGCGGCUUUGGAGGCAACACCACUGAAGAGCUAUGUGCAAGAUGGGCUAUGCUCGGGGCAUUCUACCCCUUUUACAGGAACCACAACGAUAUCGCUGGCCGUGACCAGGAGUUUUAUCGCUGGGAGUCCGUUGCCAAAGCGGCCAGGACAGCUAUAGAUAUUAGGUACAAACUUCUCGAUUAUAUAUACACCGCUUUCCACCGACAGAGCCAGUCAGGGGAUCCCAUUCUGAAUCCUCUCUUCUAUAUCUACCCAGAAGACAAGAACACAUUUGCACUUGACCUGCAGUUCUUCUACGGAGAUAGCAUUUUGGUUAGCCCCGUCACAGAGGAGGGUUCCACCAGCGUUGAAAUAUAUCUGCCUGACGACAUCUUCUACGACUUUUACACAGGAGAGCCUGUUGAAGGAAAGGGGGAAAUGGUUACGCUGAAAGAUGUCCCAACCACACAUAUUCCCCUCCAUUGCCGUGGCGGUAGCAUUAUUCCAAUGCGAGCUAAUAGUGCCAAUACCACUACGGAACUACGAAAAGAGCCAUUCAACCUCGUUGUUUGUCUCGAUCAUGAUGGAAAUGCAAUGGGUAGUCUUUACCUAGACGAUGGUGAUUCCCUUGAGCAAGCUCAUACCAGUGAGAUCACUUUCGAAUUCCACAUAGACACUCUCAAGACUACGGGGAAGUUUGAUUUUCAACUAGGCCAGGCUUUAGAAAUCACGAACAUUACUGUCCUAGGCUACAAGCAAGAGUAUAACGCGCAGAACAAGGGAAGCAACAAAAAUGAUGCCGAAUAUGAUGAGAGGCUGAAAAAGUUGACAAUGAAGGUGGAAAUACCGCUUACAGGCCCUUCAGAAAUGACUUUUCAUUAA